AUGGACGAUCCCUUUCACUCUCCCGCCAGCUACCUGCAUGGAAUCCCAACGCCGUCUGGGACGCACUCCCAGCCGUUGACGCCGCACCAGUCGGCGACCUUGCCGCCGCAGCGUUACCGCGCGCAGUCGGCUUCCACGCACCAGCUCCCCCCACUGCCUCCACUCGGCAACGCGACCCAGUUCUCCACAAACACCUACGGGAGCGCCCCCCAGACUCCGCUGACUCCGCAAACCCCAGCGACGUCAGCUCCGUCUCUCACGCACAACCGCUCACUGCCCACCAUUGCGCCGCACCCGCCGCUGCACACCAACACCUCCAGCUCCUCCUACUUCCUGCCGCAUUCGACUGCCCUGUCCAACGGCCAGAGCUUGGGUGGCAUCUCCUCGAGCGCCCACGCGAGUAACCCGCAUGCCAUUGCUCCCUCAAGCAUGACGGCCACGCUCCAGGACAUCCGCCCCAUGCCCGCAGGCGGCAUCGGUCUGCCCUACAACUCGUCGCAUCUCCUGUCACAACCCCCGAUCUUGCCUAACCAGGAACCCGAGCCGAUCCAUGUCGUGGGUCAGCAGGGCCGGCGCGGCGUUCUGCCUACCGCCAACGGCCGACCAGCUCCCGGUAGUGCUAAGGCGACCCAAAAUCUGACCAAGAACGCCGACAACAAAUACGAGUGCCCGCACUGCAAUAAGACGUACCUGCAUCUUAAGCAUCUCAAGCGUCAUCUUCUCCGACACACUGGCGAGCGGCCUUACCAAUGUCACCUUUGCAAGGACACGUUCUCGCGCAGUGACAUUCUCAAGCGCCACUUCCAGAAGUGCUCGAUACGCCGCGGCAACCCGACCGGUCAGAACCAUCUGGCAAACUCCCAAGCUCACCUGAGGAAGAAUCGCUCUGCUCAGGGGUCAGGUGAUUACAGCCAUCUCACAGCUGUGAAUGCGCCCCCGCCAUCAUAUUCGAACGGUGGCUACACCAACAGCAUGGUCGGCAAUUCGGGCUUCACUACCGAGUCACCUGGCAGCUAUGCCGAGAGCUUGCCCUCCAUGUCGGCUCGCACCUCGCGUGCGAACAGCCUCAUGCAGCCGCAGAGCAACGGUGUCAACGGUGUCAACGGUAUCCACGACCCUCAGCGCAGGAGCAUCUCGCACAUCGAUAUCAUGAACAACAACCGCAUGAGCUUUGAUGCGGGCGGUCAUGACUUCAGAGGAAACAACAACGUCCCCGGUUCGCUCGCGGGGCAGAUGCCCGGUUACACAAUGAACCACAACGACCAGUUGAAUCACCAGUUCAACAACUACCAAGCUGUGUCGGGCGCUAACAUGCACUCAAAUAUGGCGAUGAAGGCUGACGACAACAACACAGCCAUGUUCAACCGCAACGGCAUGACUGACAUGAACAACACUCAGAACGGCCAGGGAAACGGCAUGGGUUGGGAUAAUCCUUACCAUCAAAAUGGACAACAGGACGCAUUCGGCAUCUCGACCAGCAUCGCUCAGGACCCUGUUGCUAUAAAAGCCGAGACAGACAUGAACCAGAACACUUUUAACCACGGCUCCGGUGAACCCACGCCGGACGGCAUGUUCAGCAACCUUUAUUCCAGUGCGUCGGCUUUCCCCAACACAGAUACCGUGUUUGAAUCUUGGGAUUUGAGCUCUUCUGAUCCUCUGCAGAAUAAGGCUGAAGCUUUGAUUGCUUUCUGCUUCCCCAGCGGGACGACCCUCCUUCAACCGAAUGAGGCACAAGCACUCGACGUCCUGAGGAAAGCCUCAAGGCUGGAGAACAUGAAGUCCUUUUUGGAAGGGUUCAAGAACUUUCAGGAACAUUGGCCGCUCAUUCACAUGCCGACCUUCAACCCGGUCGAGGCUGGCAACGGUCUCCUUCUCACAAUCAUUUGCAUAGGCGCGGUUUACUCAAAGGAUGAAAAUAUUUUGCAGGUUAGGGCGCUCAUGGAACUGGUCAAGUCUGCCAUUCAACGAUCUUUCCGUGUCUGGAGCCUUGUCGAUGGCCCGAACCAAAACGCUUCCCCUACCCCGAACGCGACGACCGACAUCGAGGAACUCCAGGCACUUGUCUUGCUUACCAUGGCGUUCUUGUGGCACGGAACUCAAGAGCAGCGACAGAAGGCCAGAGAAGAUUUCCCCAAGGUAGCGCUGGUCAUGCGUCAACUCGAACUGCUCACUCCCGUCAGGCAAGGCCAGGAAGGUUUCAGCAUCUUGCAUCACGUUGGUGCUGAGGCUGAGCCUGGCCACCUGCAACAGUGGAAGUGGGAGAGCUGGGUCAUGCAGGAGAAGAGGUCGAGGGUCAUGUACAUGGCCUUCCUUCUUGACUCUGCCCUGGUCAUGUUCUGCAACGCUCGCGCGCAGUUCGACGUCUUCGAGAUUCGGCUUCCACUGCCGUCCGACGAUGCAGCUUGGGAGGCUCGCAAUGCGAGCGAGUGUGCUGAUGCGCUGGGUCUUCACGGCCGUGCUAUGCAAGAGAGGAAGAACGUCACAGGCAGCCGCCAACUCAAGCAGUACAACAUCGCAGAGGUGCUGAGGAUACUGGUACAGUCAAACAGCGAGCUUCCGGUUCGUUCUACCAACAUCUACUCCAAGUUCAUCCUCAUUCAUGCCCUGCAUGUCCACAUGUGGAGCGCUCUCCGCCAAGCUGCCCAGCACGCAACUCCCCCCUCCAGCAUUUUGAUGAACAGCCUGCCUUCCAGUGGCUCCAGUACCCCGUCUCAAUCCGAGUUCAGUGGUCUCGACUCUGGAAGCAGUAGCGCCAGCGCCAGCGGCACAGUUACCCCUGUCGAUAGCAUGGCUGCCCAGAACGCUCAGCAGGCUCUCAAGAUCGUCAGCAAUGCGCUCGAGAAAUGGAAGCGAAGCUGGGAAUCCGAUGUGGAGAGGCAAUACGGUCCGCACGCACCCCCGCGCCAGGGUUAUUGCAGGGAUGGCAUCCACUACUAUUGGCUCGCCAACACGAUCUUACGUCGCCGCAGCAACGACUGGCUCAAGAUGCAGGCGGACCAGCGCUUCCAGCAUACAAUCUACGUCCUCAAGCAGAUCAAGAACUGGGUCUACUCGGAACAGUACAAGAUUGGCCAAGAACCAGGCGCGGUGAGCGACAUGGACAACAAUUACGGUCUGGAAGAUCUACUGUCGGACAUGAAACUCCUGUUUGCACCUGUCGACAAGCAACGCACGACCUCCCCUCAGAGAAUUAUUACGAAUGGAACGGCGCCCAACCGUGCAAGCUUCUAA